AUGUCACAUUAUAAUUUUAUAAUUUUCUAACCCGCGUUUCUUUCCUAGAUUUUUGUUCAAUUAAAAAUUACCGUCUUUUUAUUUGUGAUUAACUUUCGUUUACUUGUGCCCUUCGCGUCGUGGGCGUGUCUCGUGCAAAUCAUGAGUUUUCUGGACCUUAAUAGUUUUGUAAUACGUCGACGACAGGCUCUAGAGGAUCGCAUCAGCGUGUUCAUUGAAAAUUGCGAUUGUGCUGUGACGAAUAUUACAAAAUUGGAACGCCAAGCACAAGGUUUUCUAAACCAGUUGGAAUGUGAUCCUUCUGAGAUGAAAGACAAAUUCCUUAGCUGCAUGAACCAGCUGGAGGAAUAUAACUACCUCAUAACAGAUUUCAACCUUGCGAUAGAUAACCUUGUCACGGACACUAGUCACGAUAUGCCAGUCCCCCUAAUACCAGUUCACGAUGUACCGAAUAGACAACAGAGAAGAUUGCCUUCGCCUCUAGUUCCGAUAAAUAUGAAUUUAAUGGAUGCUCUGAGCGAACCUACACCGUCAACCUCGAGGGCUUGCACCAACAAUUGCCCCCCAAGAAACCCCUCAAGAAGGAGGGCACGCAGGAAUAAUGACUUAAUUGAUUUCUCUAGUAACUCAUGCUCAUCGGGGAGUUUACCAGAUUCAAACGAUGGGCAAGAAGUUCACUCCAUUUUGUCGAAUGAUCUCGAACUAUUUACUUUGCAAGACUUGGCACCAACAAGGCCACCCGUGGAAGAAAUCAAUCUGCCGGGACAAAGAAUCUUGCAAGUGGAUGCUGUGUAUGCAGCAACAAUUACAUUUGUGGAUGGACUUUGCUUCUACGUCAUCACUGAGGACUUUGAGGCUGCUCACAAUCUUAUGAUCGGGAUGAACGAGUAUUACAAAGAUAACUCGACGGAGCUGAGCCUGGAUGACGUGAUGUCUUUGACGUACUGCGCCGUGUGUGAGGUGGAAAGCGAAUGCUAUUACAGAGCGCUGUUCAUGAGACUCACUAAGGAGGAUAUGAGCAUCGCAGAGGUGUUCCUGGUGGACGUGGGUGAAACUUGGCUGGUGCCCACAAGCACCAUACAACUCUUGGAUCAGAGAUUCUGCACUCUACCGCCCUUUGCUCGGUGCUGCCAUUUCGCUGGGCUAGACCUCCUGGGCCAACUGAGCACAGAACAAGAGUUGUUCAUCAAGGGAUACAUCAACACGGCCUGCAGAAUAAGAGUAGAUGACAAUUCAUCGGAGUCCCUGGGCAUAUACGUGAUACUUCCAUCAGGGGAGACCCUUAACGAUGUACUAGUGGAACGGGGCCUGGCAUGCAAAAUAGAGCAAUCACAACCGACGAAGGAAUCGCCGGCCGUAAGAACUGGCCCUGAACUGCACGACUCGCCGCCUGUAGGAGGCUCGCUCGAAACCAGAGAUCUGCCUGAACCGUUCGAGUCGACACUCAUAAGAGGUCUAUCUGAACCGGCCGAGGGUCAGCUCAUAAGUCUGAUUGAGCCUUUGGAGUCACUGCUCAUAAGAAGUCCACUACCGGUAGAAUCGCCAGUCAUAAGCGGUCUGCCAGAACCGGCCGGGUCUUCGUCCAAAAGAGAGCCUGAACCAGCGGAGUCCUCGUCCGAAAGAGAACCUGAACCAGUCGAGCCCUCGUCCAGUAGAGAUCUACCUGACGUGGUUGAGUCGUCGCCCAGGAGAGGUCUGCCUGAACUGGACGGGUCCGACCUGGAUAUGACCAACUGUCCGGAGUAUGAAGACCCGCUUCUUGCUGUCACGGGCUACCACAAUCGGGAUGAAAUGGACAUCUGCAAAUAUUACAAGGGAGGCCCGAAUAAAACCUGUUUCAAAGGCGCGCGCUGCACUAAACGUCACGUCGCCAUACACCCAGAUGGUUGGACGUUAGACCGAGUGCCCGUGGUGGCCAAGUACACCUCCUACCCGCUGCCCGCGCCCGGCUCGCUCCUCCACGUCUACGUCAUACACAUCGCGCACUUCAACCACCUGUACGUGCACAUCGUGGACGACGUUGCCGAAAGCCAAUCAGUUGAUAAUCCCGGAGUGGUGUUACCGCCAACCUCGUUAAGGGCGCUCGUGGAGGAUAUGAACAGCCCGGCCACCCGGAGCACGUACAAACCUCUUCAGCUGAGGCCAGCCACGGGCGAGCUAGUGGCAGCCCUGUACUCCCUGGACAAUCGCUGGUACCGCGCCAGGGUAGUCACCUACGGACCAGCCGACCGGAACUUUGAGGUCAAGUACAUAGACUACGGAAACUUAAUGUGGAUUAGUGAAGAAUCGAUAAGGGAGCUAGAGCCGCGCUUCUGGUCGCUGCCGGCGCAGGCCGUGCAGUGUGCGCUCGCCGGCGUCUCGAUGAAGACUGGCGACACGUCUAACUGGAACGCGGCGAAAAACGCGCUCUUGAAGUUAACAGAAGAGCGCGUGCUGGAAGCCCGAGUCAUAGCGCGGACGUUGGACGAGAUCAAGAUAGAGUUGUUUGAUGCCGACGGGUUCAAUAUCGUGGAGGAGUUGGCCGCCAAGGAGUACAUUGACUUGGAGCCGUAUGAGGUCGAAGACGACACCCACCUCACCCACAGAAUGGUCGUACCCUAGGGGUCAGGCUUUAUACGUUCCAAAAUAAGACUGUUCCUAUGUACAAAUGGGGAUCCUAUUGUGUUAUAGACCUCAGUAAAUUUAGUAUAAAGCCGCGAUUACACCUGUAAGUUUUAGUCACAUAAGUAACUUACUUGACACUAAUGUAGACACUCUUAUAAGUAUAUUGACAUUAGAACAUUUGUUGUAAAUUAAAUACCUAAGCCACUUACGUGAGUAAAACUGUCAAGUGUGAUCGCGGCCUAGGAUUAUUUACCUCACAACGUUGAGAGAAUUCGAAUCCUAGUGUUUAAGUAAAAUGGACCUUAAACGCCUUGUUUUAAAGCUGAAAUUCGUUAUUCGUUCGUUCAAGCAGUAAAGGUAUGGUCGUAAGAUUUCCAAGCGGCAACGUUGCGUAAUUAAAAUGGGUGUUAAUGAAUUUUUUUCUUUAAAUCAAGGACCUAAAGGUCCAUUUUACUCUGAUGUUAUUGUGAACAUUGAUAAGAUGUAAAACCUCUUACGAAUCCUACGGUUAUAUUUACUACAAAUGCGUACUACGCAGAAUUUUUACUAGUAAGAAUAUUGCCAUUUUUUCCCAUAUUUAGUGCCAGUAAGAGAACUGGGAACAUAUCGAUUCGAUAUUACUAUUUUUUUUUUAAAUGUUUAUUUGCAAUUUUAUAAAAGGAGCGAAACAAACAGAAACAUUUGUUAUCUACAACAUAAUUUCGUUUGGCUGAAAAAUUAAUCAACCAAUACCGUAAUAGACAUCCCAUCCCAUUCAUAAUCAAGCGACUUAAAGAAAGAAUAUAAUUUUUACUAACUAAUAGUCAUAAUUAAUAGAAAUUCUACUAAAUGCUCCUACAAACGAUAAACAGACUGAUUUUCAAGGGUAUAAGCUUAAAUGUUGUAUAAAAAGGAGCAAGUUCAAUAAUAAGACUUAAUAAUUGUGAGAUACUCAUAAUAAUAAAUAAUUAUAUUAAAUUAAACAAAUUGAAUCGUCCAUAGUACGCGCAAAAUAAGUGCUCAAAUCUGAACUUUCAACAUGGCGGCUUGCGUAGGUCAUA